GCGACGCCGUCAAGUGGAGCCGUCCUCCCGUUCAAUCGUGCUCUCGACGUGCUCCAAGUGCUCCGAACCAGGAUUCCUCCAGGAAGUUACGCCCCCGAGUUGACGCGCCGGCUGAAGGAGAAUACGAUUUGAAGAAUCAAUUCUGCAAUUUUAAUUGAGCAACUGCUGUUGACAUCCAGUUUAAAGGAUUGACACAAUUCGGUGACGAUAUACAGAGUGGAAUGGAUACCACUUUGCUUUAUGGAAAGACAAUAUUACGUGACGUUAUGUCACGGGUCAUGCCCCGGUAUUUCGGUGGGGGACCCCUCCACAACAUGCCCAUCUCGGAAUUCAGGAAGAAGAAGCUGCUCUACGUCUUCCACGUGUUCUUCGAUGUCAACCAGAGCGGCACAAUCGACAGAAAGGACUUCGAGCUAGCGAUAGAGAAAGUAUGUUCCCUUAGAGGAUGGACUCCAGGUUCAGAGGCGUACAAGAGGACCUACAACAGCAUGAUAGAAAUCUGGGAAGGCCUCAGACAGAGGGCUGAUUCUAACAAGGACGGACAGGUGAGCGUAGAAGAGUGGGCCAGCAUGUGGGACGACUACUCCAAGAAGCCCGAGAACGCACUGGAGUGGCAGACGCAGUACAUGAGGUUCAUGUUCGAGCUGGAGGACGCCUCCGGUGACGGUUCCAUAGACGUGGACGAGUUCACCUCAGUGUGUUCCUGCUACGGCCUGGAGGCUGGGGAGUGCAGAGAGGCCUUCUCGAAAAUGUCACAGGGUCAAAACAACGUGAGCUACGAACAGUUCGAGCAUCUUUGGAAGCAGUUCUUCAUGUCCGAGAAUCCGCAAGAGCCAGGCAACUACAUCUUCGGGAAGACCAGAUUCUAACCGCUUUUCUACUUAAAUAAAUAUCCCCUUAUCGUAAAAAAAAACAGAAACGGAGGAAUAUUUCCGCCGCAUAUAAAUAUUAUAUACUUAUAUACACUCCCAAGCAGCAGACGGUUCCGUUAGCUGGAAAAUAAUCAACCGUAUUCGUUUCUGGCAUAUCUGUACGACGAGCGCGCAGGGUGAAUGUAAAUAUCCAAUAAAGAGGGUAACGGCGCGAUACUAACCGGCGUUUUGGAAAAAAAAAUUGGGAAAAGUAACAUUUCUACGUUUUAAAUAAUAAUAAAAUGAAAUCUUUUUGAAUAUAGAUGAACCAAAUAGAUUAGUUCGAGGUUUGCAGUUUUCAUAUCCUUAGAAUUCGAGAAGUUAACAGGUAAAAGCUUUAAUGUCCAAAUCUAUUUGACGAGUCUUUUCCAAGAAGAAAUAGUAGCAAAUUUUAUUACUAAAAAUUGGUUGCAAAAAAAAAUAUAUCGAUGUUUUCGCCAUGGACUCGAACCCUCAACUGUUUCUAGAUAUUCUCUACAGUGUUUGUAACUUCUUGGUAGCAGUUCUGCAUAUACAUACCUACUUCCUUUGUUGGACUUUCUUUAAGUGUUAAACUCUACAAAUUUGUAUUCGUCAACGUUGAAACCGAUGUCGUAUUAUUGUUGUGUUAUGUAACCGAAUAUAUUGAAUGUUAAAUUGGGAAAUACAUUUGUGUUUUAUGUGAAAAUAUGGGUGGGAUACAUGCAACGAUUGUAACAUGUUCAAUUCAUAAAUGACAACAUCUUUA